AUGUUUCAUCACUUUAUCAUCGUCCACGCUUCCGAUCAAGCAAAUCACGCUUCCACUUCGGAAUCGUGCGCUUCGGUCGCGCUUCCAUCCACCUCAUUCUUGGAGUCGCGAAUCCGAGACGCUUCCGGACGCUUCCGAGCGCUUCCGCUUCCGAUUCCGCUUCCGGAGCGAGAAACGUCUCACCUGCAGCGCUUCCAUGCUUCUGGAAGAUUAAGGAAUAUAUAUAUGGAGAGUGUGAAAGCCAAAUUCAAGGGCUCUAUGAAUGAUCGAGGAACUCCUGGCAUCCUCAAAAUCAUGAAGGGGAAGCUGAUCUUCGAACCAGAUGAUCUGAAUUCAGAUUCAAAGCAUGAAGUGCAGUCUCAAGACAUCGAAAGUAGACAAUAUACAAAAGAAGGAUCACUUCCUUUGUUCAGACUCAUCAACAUACAGAAAAGGAGACACAUCUAUGAGUUUGAAAAUCACAAGAGCUUGAAUGCUUUCCGUGACUUGAUCACUAAGGCCUUUACUAUAUGUGAAGAGGAGCCGAAGAAGAAAUCAGCUGUCUUGACAUCUGCUGAGCAACUCAGUGUCGCAGACUCGGAGCUACGUGUCAAGCUUCUCAGUGAAAAUAGAGUCCUGACUGAAGAUGAAUUUUGGGCUACAAGAAAGGAAUUACUUGGUAAAGAUUCAAUAAGAAAGAAGAAACAACAGGUCGGGCUCAAGAGCUUGAUGGUUUCUGGCAUCAAACCAUCUACUGAUGGGCAGAGUAAUAGAGUGACAUUUAACAUAACCCCUGAGAUCAUUCUUCAGAUAUUUUCUGAGAAGCCGGCUGUUCGGCAAGCAUUCAUAAACUAUGUUCCAAGUAAGAUGACAGAAAAAGACUUCUGGACAAAGUAUUUUAGAGCAGAGUAUCUUCACAGCACCAAAAACGCAGCAGUAGCAUCAGCAGAAGCUGCUGAAGAUGAGUUACUCGCUGUCCUUCUGAAGCCUGAUGAGAUUGCUGCUCAGGAAAUUCGUCGAAAGGUUAGACGGUUUGAUGACAUGGUGGCUAACCAGGCUGAUGACUACAGUCAUAUUAUGUGGGAUGGCAUCAGGGAUGUUGUUGAACCAAAGAAUUAUCAGUUUAGAAGAUCGCUUGCGCAAGAUAUCAAUCGCCAUUCUGCCACUGUAUUGGAAGGCAGAAUCAUUGAUGUUGAGACAGAAGACUCGAGGACUGUCGCAGAGGCUCUCACACUGGCUAAACAAGAGAAGAAAGACGUUAAUCAGGAGAGAUUGAAGGAUCUUCAAGAACGACAAAACUUCUCGUUAAAACCGCUUUCUAUCAAGGAACCUCGUGAUUACUUUGAAUCUCAACAAGUAAACGUCCUGAAUGAACAUAGAGGAGCAAAGGAAUCAAAUAUUAGUCUCCAUGAAGCUUAUCGGUUGCUUCAAGAAUCCAUCUCUGAGGUAAGAAGUAGAGGAUUAAAUGAUCCGUUGACCAAACCUCAAGUUUCCUUAGAGGUUAUCAGUGAAUUAAACCGAAUGGUCUCAACCAACAAGAAUAAUACUACUGGGAACAGUCCGAGUGAUAGCGUCCUGGACAAGUUACCAAAAUCCAUGAAAGAUGAAUAUCUACAUCAAUGGACAUCGAUACAAGAAUUACUGAGACAUUAUUGGUCAUGUUACCCCAUAACAACCACAUAUCUUUCUACCAAGGUUGGUAAGUUGAAGGAAGCAAUGUCCAAGACUUAUUCACAACUUGAGACAAUGAAAGAGUUGGUGCAGUCUGAUCUCCGGCAUGAGUUUUCUUUACUUGUUCGUCCAGUGCAAAAGGCUCUUGACGCUGUGUUUGAACACUACGAAGCCGACUUGCAGAGAAGAAUCACUAAGAGCCAUGAAGGCAAAAUACUAUAA